AUGAAACAAACGAGGCUUUCCUUUCCCACCCUUGCAAAAAAGCCUCAUCAUCAUGAUGGGAAUGAUGAUAAUAAAACAAUGACCAACGGAAAGAAGAAGGGAAAGAAGAGAAAACAAACGAGUUUGGAAUCGUUGAAUGAAGAGAAUUUAAAGGAGAACUCGGAGGAAUCAUUGGUUCAUGAAAGCACUCGAGAAUUAAUAUUGGAUAGAGUUAAGAAAAUUAAAAAAACAACAACGAGCUCCUCCGAGUCAAAUGAUACGAGUGGCCAUUCCGAUAAUGAUGGUCGAAAUACUGAGCGAAAACAAUUGGACACAAGCAACCAUGAAACCCAAAAUGUUGAUAAAAGACUACGGCAGGCUACACAAGAUUCCCAAGAGGAUUACGAAAUUAUUUUAAAUCACGGAUUUGUUUUAAAUUCGGAAGAUAUAGAUUCUGCAGAGAAGGAAACAUCGUUUGUACCUAUGGAAUGUUUAUUACUGGAUGAAGGAGAUGAGGCCCCUGAUUUUAAUGCAGUGGAUGCAAUUUCCAAUGAAGCUAUUCAACUCUCUCAACUUUUUUCAACAGAUGACUUUGUGGUGUUGUACUUUUUCAAAAAAAGCAAAAAGUCUAAAGAACAAUCAAAUUUAUCAAAGGACUUCUCUAAACAUUUGAGGAAAUUUUCAAAGGAGAGGAAUGUAAAGGUGAUUGGUAUUUGUGCACCACAACAUUUACCGCAAGAAAAAUCAUACAAACAAACUAUAAUUUCGGACACAGACUUAUCUAUUUGCAAGUCUUACAGAUGCAUUGACUCCAAGUUCAAAAAGCCACAACUGGUCACCUAUAUCAUUGCAAAGCAUGGAAGUGACAAUCCCAAGCUGAAAAUUGUGAAAAUUUUUCACAAAACCUCCUCUAAUACUCUCAUUACAGACAUUUUGACAUUUAUUGACAAUUUCUCAAUGAAUGAAUUUGAAGAACAAUCCUCCAAAUUCAAUUAUCAGCUCACACAUUCCCCCAUUAUGAAUUCAAUUCACGACGCAAGCAGCAAAUUACUGGCAAGUAUCACUGGUGAAACCAUCCAUGACAACAUUGUAGAAUUCAUUUCUGAAGGAGAGGCUUUUCAAACCUUACACGAUAACUGUUUUGAACUAAUUCACUAUCUCAAAGAUCUCGAGCCAAAAACAAGAAAAGUAUGGGAAAUUACAAUUCUUUACUUGAAAAAGAUGGUCGUGUUAUGCCAGAAAAUACACAAGGACUAUCAUGAUCAAGUUCAUUCCUAUUUUCACUCGACCAAUUUUUGGACAACAUUUUGGGAUGAAGUUUUUAAAAUAUUUUCAGAAUUAAGGAGCGAUUCUCAUUUAACUUCACUCCAACGACAUGAACUCAUUCACAAAAUCAUCUCAUUAGAAAAGGAUGGAAAUUUGGGUUCACGUCUCGGAAAGGGUAGAAAUAUUUUUGAAAAGAAAGAGAAAAAGAGAUAUUUACAAAUUGUUUAUGAAAAUUUUAAACAAAGACCCACACGAGAACAUUUCAUUGAAAUUGAACGAAACUUUUUUCAUCAUUGUACAGAUAAAAAAGAAGAAAUGAUUGAGAAAAUGAUUGAUUUUUGGAUUACUAAUUUGGACCAACACGCUCGUGAUGUCCUUUUCGUGUCACUGGGUACGGAGGAUCAUUCAAAAAUUUAUCAAAUUCUGAAAUUAUUGGAAUCACAUGUCGAGGAUACUCCUGAAGAGUUACAAGCUGCCAAAAUUAUUGUAUCGAGUUAUCCGAGAGAAAUUCAAAAAUUGUGCAUGAUAAGAAUGAAGACAUUAUGUUGUAAAAUGUUGAACUGUCUGCAAGCGAGGAUUAGGUAUUUACUGAGCUCGAGUAAGGAAGAUGCUCCAUUUUUGGAAAUGCUUACAGGUCAAAAAACUAUUUUGAAUGAUGAGAUGCAACAACGAGCGUUUGUGCAACGACUAGAUCUUCGAUACGAGGAAGAGUUGCAAUAUAAGGAACUGAAACGUAAGCAUGAGCAUGUGGAAAUACCAUACUAUGUUUAUCCUGCAUUUCCCAAAGCAUUUCAAGAGUGGACACUAAUACUGAGAGAAGCCAUACAGGGCGUUAUUUCUGCAAAUGAAGACUCGACCAAAGACAAGAGCUCUUUGACAGCUGAAUUAAGGUCUCAAAUCUCAGGUUUUCUUUCAAAGGCAAUUCAAACGAUUGGAGAAGAACAGUUUUGUACAGUUUGGGAACUAUUGAACCAAUUACAAACAAGUCGUGCCAUUCAAAAUGAUGGCAUGGGUUACGAAUUCCAAGAUCAAAAUGGCUCGUGUAUGGUGACCAUUUUGCUUUCAAUGAAAAAUUCAAAGUGA